AUGGUCCGCAACAACAUCUUUCACGUCCUGGCCUGCUUCACGGCCCUCGUGGUUGCUGCCACUGCCGCGCCCUCCUGGUGGAAUGGCCGCCAGAUGGCAACAUUUUAUAUGCAAGGCGGGAAUCCGGGUGCCUGCGGUCAAUUCCACUCAGACAGCGAACACCUUGUGGCAUUGUACACCCCCGUGUACGCCGGAGGAAGCAAUUGUGGCAAGGGCAUCACAGUGGAGAGGAAUGGCAAAAGAGUCCAUGGUUUCGUCGCAGACGAGUGCCCUACCUGCGAGGGUCCUGGCCACAUCGACCUCUCUCAAGGCUUCUUCGACGCCAUAGCUUCACAGGAGGAGGGUCAGGUUAAGAUCGAGUGGUGGUUUGACUAG